UUGAUUAUGAAUUUAAAAUGACGUUAAAGAAUUCAGAGAAAAUCGGAAUACUUGACAAUCAGCUGUAGUGUGAGUCUCACUUUAUAGAAGUUUACCGCCUUACUUGCGCACUAAGUUUGUCUGAGCCGAAGAACAGAAUGAACAACUUAGGGUCCAAUCUGGAUAAUGAAAUCAACAAUUCCGAGGAGGGAAAUGCAGGUGCAAGAGAAAUAUUAGAUGAAAGUUCUUCAUCUACAUCAUAUGUAGCAGCCUUAAAUUUACUUUCCUCCAUCAUUACCCCCCGCACAUGUGCAGAUGAAACAGGCAACAAUUUCCCAAUCAUGUAUGAGUAUCUAAAAAUACUAGACUUGGAGGACUCUCUAUCACAGUUGAAAGUUAUCCAUAUUGCUGGAACUAAGGGGAAGGGUUCUACAUGCACUUUUGUAGAGAGUAUACUACGUGCUUAUGGCUUUCGAACCGGACUCUAUACAUCUCCCCAUCUUAUAAGCAUCUGUGAAAGAUAUCGCCUUGAUGGAUUGAAGGUAUCUGAAGAAAAGUUUCUGAAUCACUUUUGGUGGUGUUGGAAUCGUUUAAAGGAAAACUCUAUGGAAGACAUACAUUUUUUCCGAUUCUUAACUCUUGUUGCCUUCAAGAUAUUUACAGAAGAGAAGGUUGAUGUUGCUAUUUUGGAAGUGGGGUUGGGAGGCAAAUUUGAUGCAACAAAUGUGGUAAAUUCACCAGUUGUUUGUGGAAUCUCUUCAUUAGGAUAUGACCAUAUGGAGAUAUUAGGUAAUACACUCACACAAAUUGCUCGAGAGAAAGCUGGAAUAAUGAAGCCUGGAGUUCCAGUAUUCACUGUGCCUCAACCUGAAGAUGCAAGGAGAGUUCUUGAGGAUGUUGCAUCUGAGUUAUUGGUACCUCUCCAUGUAGUAUCACCAUUAGAUCCUGCUACAUUGGGUGGUUUGAAUCUCGGUUUGGCUGGUGAUCACCAGUGUAUAAAUGCAGGCCUAGCUGUUGCCCUCUGUUGUUCUUGGCUUAGGAGAACUGGACAUUUGGAAGAAUUUAAUCCGCAAGAAAGUGCAAUUGGUGAAGGAUACUUACCAGAUUCCUUUGUCAAAGGGCUUGUAAUGGCUAAUAUUGAAGGACGUGCACAGAUUAUUCACGAUUCAUAUGUGAAGCAACGUGUUCAGUGUAAUAUGGAAGAAGCUGGUAAUGCCGAUUUCAGUGAGCUGAUUUUCUAUUUGGAUGGAGCUCACACUCCAGAAAGCAUGGAUACAUGUGCCAAGUGGUUUUCUUCUGCAAUUAAAAUGGAUACCAAGUCUCAUGUACAGACCAGAGAAAUACAUAAGGAAACCCAAAAUGGCUUCACUGAAUUUAUAUCAAAUUUUGACCAUCAGCAGCACAGUAUUAAAAACUCUAAAAUGAGUUCAAAACAGGUCUUGCUAUUUAACUGUUCGUCUGAGAGGGAUCCUCAAUUACUUCUCUCACAACUCGUCAAUACUUGUAUUCUCCAUGGAGUGAACUUCAACAGAGCUAUUUUUGUUCCAAGUCAUUCAUCUUUUACUCAAUUUGUUUCCAGUACAUCAACAAGACACGAUUCUACAAAAGUUGACCUUACAUGGCAGUUAUCCCUUCAGAGAACAUGGGAAAAUGUUAUCUGUGGAUGCAGAGAAAUAACAAAAAAUGAUCAAGAGAUAGGGCCACGCUUUUCAGCAAUGCCACCUUGUGAUUUUUUUCUAAGCGAACCUUCAAUGGAGAAUACUAAAGAUCAUCUUAUCAGCGCAGUAUUGCCUUCUGUCCCACUGACUAUCAAGUGGCUCAGAGAAUGUGUUGGGCAAAGCCACUCAUUGCGGUUACAGGUUCUUGUGACUGGCUCGCUGCAUCUCAUUGGAGAUGUAUUGAGGACGCUGAAAGAGUGACUCAGCUUAACAAGUGCCAAUACCGUGCAACAGAGGUUGAGAGCCCUUGGGGAAUCAUUUGAUUAAUGCUUAUUGCUUAUUUAUUCUUGUUUUUAUUAAAAAAUUAAAAAUAAAGGAACCAAAAAUAUGAUUUAAGGACUGGUUAUGAAUAGUCCAUUUUUUGUUUAACCAGUUUAUUUCAGUUAAUUUGAGGGAUUUUGCCUGCGGAGCUUUAUUAAUUGUUUCUGCACCAUGCAACCCAUGGUCACGACUUUCUAUUUUCAUGAUGCUAUAUUAAUUUGAAUUUGAAUAAAUAAACAUGAUGGAGUGAGGAAGAUUAAACUUCCAGUCCUAAAACUCAAAGAAGAAACGAUCUCGAGAGACUAAUGGCGAAACUAUGAACGAAUAUAAAGCAGCUUUCACAACAAUUAACAUGCUCCAUUGUAAACCAGUUCUGAACCUUAGAUUGUAAGAGGGAAAAACCAUGAUAAGAUGCAAAAUAAUGUAACCAUACCAGGUUUAAGGUGUUA